AUGACUCUGCUAAUCAGAAUACCUAAUAGAAACAAUCUGAAUAACCCUAAUAGUGAUAAUCUAGAUGAUCAUGAUAGUGAUAAUCUAGAGAAUAUCUCUGAUAAUAAUUAUAAAGCUAUUGCUAGACCUAUGAAUUCCAAUAAAUCAAAAGUAAUUAUUGAUGAAAAAGGUAAAUCAAAAGAGGUUGUUGAUGAAAAAGGUAAAUCAAAAGAGUUGGUAUGUAUCAGCUAG